AUGGACCACAUUGAGACUCUCGAAGAGAUUUGUAGCACGACACGAUCAAAUGGAGUUCCCGCUGAUUUUCUACGUUGUAAGCUGUUUGCAUUUUCUCUGGGAGAUAAGGCGAUGAGGUGGCUGAAGUCUCUACCUCCAGGAUCUAUCACUACUUGGGAGCAAUGCAGAGCUAUGUUCUUGGACAAAUUCCACACACAAGACGAUGAGCAUAUCCUCAACAUCUUCUAUGAUGGAGCAAACUGGAAUGUCAAAAACUCUCUCAACGCAGCCAGCAAUGGAGACUUUAUGACAAGAACCCAAGAAGAAGCUUACCCAUUGAUAGAAAAUCUUGCCACAAGCUCCAGCAACCAAAAUGAAGAAUAUGAUAGAUCGCGAAAAGGCGGAAACUCAGAAAUCAAGAAGUUAGAAGAGAUGAGCGCAAAUAUCGAUAUGCUUAUGCAAAGGGAUCAAAGGGUUAACAAGGGACUUAAUCAAAACUACCCACAACAGUCAGGAAGACAUCAACAACAGUUUCAACCACAAACCUACAGACCAAACCAAAGAGCGCAAGGAUACCAAAACCAAAACUACGGGCAGAACCGACCUUUUGGGCAGAGCUUGGGACAAAACCGAUAUCAGAACUCUAAUUACAACCAAGGAGGAUUUCAGCAGAAGCAACCUUUCGGCUCUUUUCAGCCAAAGAAUCCAACACAGUUUCAAACCGGUGAAAGCUCUGUUCCAGCUGCUAAAGAAUCUAAGCUUGAGUCAAUGCUCCAACAAUUGAUGCUCAAUCAGCAAAAGACAGCUUCUGAAAUAAACACAAAGGUUGAUAACAUCAAUGUGAAGGUUGAUACCAUGUACCAUGACAUGAACAACAAAUGGGAGUGUCUUUCAGCACAUGUCAAGAAGUUAGUGACUCAAGUCACCCAAACUGCUGAAACUGUCCGAAGACCUACUGGAAUUCUUCAUGGAAGAGGUGAACACAACCCAAAGAAUGAUUAUGUGAACGCUAUCACUCUAAGGAGUGGGAAUGAGCUGGUUUUGAAAGAAAAGAGAAGCAUGCCCGCUGACGAAAACAAAACUGCACCGAUGCUGUUGAAAUGGUGUCUGCUCUAA